GUGAGUCGCGCAUGCGCGCUGAUGUGCUUCUCUUCCAGUCAGCCAUGCCGACUGUCAGCGUGAAGCGGGAGCUGCUGUUCCAAGCACUGGGAAGGAGUUACACGGAUGAAGAAUUUGAUGAGCUGUGCUUUGAAUUUGGUUUGGAACUUGAUGAGAUUACUUCUGAGAAGGAAAUAAUAAGUAAAGAGAAAGGUGAUGGAAAAGCAGAGGGUGCAUCAGAUGUCAUUCUUUUUAAAAUUGACGUUCCUGCUAAUCGCUAUGAUCUUCUUUGCUUGGAAGGUCUAGUCAGAGGUCUUCAGGUCUUUAAAGAGAGAAUUCGAGCCCCACGAUACAAAAAGAUUACGCCACCUAGUGGUGAAAUUCAAAAGCUUGUUAUUACAGAAGAGACUGUCCAAGUCCGUCCUUAUGCUGUGGCUGCAGUUCUUCGUAAUAUAACUUUUGACAAGGAUCGCUAUGAUAGCUUCAUUGACUUACAAGAAAAAUUACACCAGAACAUAUGCAGGAAAAGAUCAUUAGUUGCAAUUGGUACCCAUGAUUUAGAUACAGUUUGUGGACCCUUCACAUACACAGCUAAACCACCAUCUGAAAUUAAAUUUAAACCCUUAAACCAAGACAAGGAAUACACUGCUGCUGAACUCAUGGAUCUCUAUCGGACGGACAGCCAUCUUAGACAUUAUCUGCAUAUUAUUGAAAAUGAACCACAGUAUCCAGUUAUCUAUGAUAGCAAUGGUGUUGUCCUGUCAAUGCCACCAAUAAUUAAUGGAGAUCAUAGCAAAAUAAGUCUGAACACCAAAAAUGUGCUGAUUGAAUGUACAGCUACAGAUCUUACCAAGGCAAAAAUUGUCCUCGAUAUCCUCGUCGCAAUGUUCAGUGAAUAUUGUCAGAAAACAUUCACUGCUGAAGCAGCUGAAGUGCUUUAUCCCAAUGGAAAAAGUCACAUCUUUCCAGAGCUGCCCUAUCGUCGUGAAAAGAUAAAGCCUGAGAUAAUGAACAAGAAAAUAGGAAUCUGUGAGACUCCAUCAAACCUUGCAAAGCUGCUCACCAGGAUGUGUUUGAAGUCACACGUCAUAGGGAAUGGGAACAAUAUAGAGGUUGAAAUCCCUCCUACCAGACCUGACAUUAUCCAUGCAUGUGAUAUCAUAGAAGACGCAGCAAUAGCGUAUGGCUAUAAUAACAUUCAGAUGACUAUCCCGAAAACAUACACCAUAGCUAAUCAACUUCCUCUCAAUAAGCUCACAGAACUUCUGAGACAAGACCUGGCAGCAGCAGGCUUUACCGAAGCACUGACUUUUGCUCUGUGUUCCCAGGAAGACAUUGCUAAUAAAUUGGGAAUUGACAUCUCGGCAACAAAAGCUGUUCAUAUAGCAAAUCCCAAAACAGCAGAGUUUCAGGUGGCACGCACUACCCUCUUGCCUGGGAUCCUGAAAACUGUGGCGGCUAAUCGGAAGAUGCCUUUACCACUGAAACUCUUUGAAAUUUCUGACAUUGUAGUGAAAGAUUCGACCAAGGAUGUUGGUGCUAGAAACCACAGACAUCUCUGUGCCAUCUACUAUAACAAAAAUCCGGGUUUUGAAAUAAUUCAUGGUUUGCUGGAUAGAAUUAUGCAGCUCUUGGAUGUUUCACCAAGUAAAGAGAAUGGAUAUUAUAUAAAAGCAAGUGAAGUGUUCCAAGAUGUAACUCCAGUUUCAGUUUUGAAGUACUUCCCACUCUUCUAUCAAGAUCACAGUCUCUUUUACACCUACAAUUAUCACACUUUGAAACUAUUUUAACUGCCAUGGCUGCAUCCAAAAAUACUGGCACUUGUAGUUUGGUAAGACACUAGAGCUCUCUGGCUAUGUCUACAUGUAUCAUAUGGAUCUACAAAUCCCAGUUUUCCAUAGGAUGAGGCUAUGGCCGAUAAUGCUAUACAUGCCUAAUGUGAAAAAGACAUCUGUCCUUUGGGGCUGAAUUUUUCAUCCUAAAAAUGAGAAAAUCCCACAUAGCUUAUUAUGUAUUUAAGAAGUUAUUUGAAACACAAAGCGUUAUUUUGAAAAGUUUAUGAAAGUGCUGAAGAUCAAAUGAUAUACAGUAACACCAAGUCAAAGAAAACAUUAGCAUCAGAAUCUGGCUGCCAUCUCCACAUCUCUUUAUCAGCAAACUUUCACACAUGUACCAAUAAAGGAUUUGGAGCACGUCAACAGCUACUUUUGCCUUCACUGCUGGCAUAAAAUACUGUUUCAGAAGUGUUAGUGUCCCUUUGAUGGCCAUGAAACAUAUUUAACUAUGAAUUGUGUCUGUACUAAUUUGGUGUCUGGUCGGAUCAUACGGUCAAGAUCACAGAAAAAGGCUAAGUGGGGUUUUUAUUAUCAGUUCACAUCUGCAGAUUCAGGGAAAACUGACCUUCUUUUGGUGAAUGCUCUUCUGUCAUCAUUUUAGCUACACUUCCACACAUGGGUUUCACUUAACAAGAAGGCAUUUGUUCAGAACACAACUGCAGAAUGCCUGAAGACAAGCCACUGGUAGUGAAUACAAAACUGUGCAGCUGGGUUAAGAAGUGGAGGAAACCGGUUUUCUAAUGCUGUUGGAUCUGGUGAUAACACCGAAAUGAUGGAUCACAUCCCCAGUCUUUAUGGGCUUUGGAGAGUUCAACUGCUGAUAUCCUGUUAGAGUGGCAUGUUUCAAGCUAGCAUCAUUUUUUGUUUUGUUUUUAGGGUUAGCAUCAGAAUGAAUUGGUAUGAGAGCCAAUACGGUAUAGUGGUCAGACAGCUGGGCUAGGGACAGCAAGGUUCAAAUCCUCACUGAGUAGUUACUCUCUCUCAGCCUCACUUACAUUAUAAUAAUGUUGGAGAAUAACAAGGAAAUGAAAAUGAGAGGCAUGUGCAGCAACUUGAACUCACUGAAUGAAAGGUGGGAUACAAUUGCAACCAGUAACUGAUAAAACGGCAAUUAAUAAUAAGGGGUUCAGCUGAAACCACUCGUGCACUUAGAAGACAUGUGAGAAGUGUCAUAGAGCUGCAUAGGCUGACUACUGGAGAUGUACUGCAAAAUUUAUAAUGUAGAACUACUUUUUAAAAAAUGAUUUAAAAAGUAAAUAAUGGCUUAGGCACAUACUUUGAGGUUGGAAUCUGUGAAUAUGCAUUCAUACAUGUAUAAAAUAAAAUAUGCUGAUCACUGAAAAAUGA